CAAGUGGAUGUUUCCCCAACGGUUAUUCGCGGGAGAGAAGCGCCAAACUCGAAAUUGAAGAGACUAUUUUUUUUAAACCAAGGCCAUACAAAUCUAACCUUGGAAUUUGCAAUUUAGACACUACAUUUUUGGGAGUAUGAAACAAUCAUGACAGAAACACUUUUCAAUAAGCGAUUGCAAGUGCACGUCAAAUGCAAAGAUUGCGAAGAAAGGAGAGGAAAUAUCAGAGUCGGCAUUGAGCUUCAAUUAACAACUAAUCCAGUCCACAAAAGGGAUCUGCUGGUGAGACUGACAGAUGACACCGACCCUUAUUUUCUGUACAACCUUGCCAUAUCAGAAGAGGAUUUUCAAAGUUUGAAAGUUCAACAGGGCCUGUUGGUAGACUUUGCGUCCUUUCCUCAGAAGUUUAUAGACCUGCUAAACCAGUGUAUCUCGGAGCAAGACAAAGAGAAUCCAAGAUUUCUGCUCCAGUUGUCAUCUCCAUCAUCCCCAGUAUUAGACCACAGCCCUGCCAACCUCAAUGUUGUGGAGACCAACGCAUUCAAGCACCUCACUCACCUGUCUCUGAAGCUGCUACAUGGCACUGACGUGGAGAUCAAGAAGUACCUGGCAGUUUGUCUCUCCUGUGUGAAGGAGGAGAAGCAGCAGUUGGAACAGAGGCUGAAGAAGACUGAAGAUGAUCUCUCAAGGCAGCUCAGCUACACACAACAGACUCUGUCGGAGAAGAGCAGAGAGCUAGACAAGCUUCGGUCUGAGUGGACCAGCCAAACAAGCGCUCUGUCGAGCCGCCACUCUCAGGACCUCACUUCAGAGCGGGAGAACGCUUUGGAGACACAAACCAGGCUGCAGCAGCAAAACGAGCAGCUGCGCCGGGAGCUGGAGGGAGCCCACACUAAGAGCACCCAACAGCUGCAGAGCAGGCUGGCCGAGCUUGAGACCUCCAACAGGGACCUGACUGAGAAGAGAUACAAGAGCGAGUCCACCAUCCGCGACUUCAAAGCCAAACUAGUGGGACUGGAAGAGGAGUCUCAGCGAGCGAAGCAGCAGGCCCUGUCUCUUCGGAGGGAGAACGGCACCCUGGACACGGAGUGUCACGAGAAGGAGCGUCAGGUGAACCAGCUGCAGACACGUGUGGCAGUCCUGGAGCAGGAGAUGAAAGAUAAGGAGCAGCUUGUGCUCCGCACCAAGGAAGUGCUGGAAGCCACUCAGCAACAAAAGAAAUCAGUUGAAGGAAAUGCCGAAAGCAAACAACUCCAAAUGGGAAAACUGGAAGCCACAGUGAAAUCCCUGUCUGAGGAACUCAUAAAGGCCAAUGGCAUCAUCAAGAAGCUGCAGGGAGAGCUGAGGGGCCUGGUGGGGAAGAUCAAGGUGAAGAACACUGUGAUGGUGUCUCAGGAGAAGGUGCUUCAGGAGACCCAGGAGAGGCUGCACAAAGCCCAGCGAGACCUGCAGGACACUCAGCAGCAGCUCAAGCAUAGAGACGAGGAGGUGUCGAAAUUGAAGGAGCAGUUGGAGGAGACGGUUCAGAAAUUAGAUGAAAGCAGGGAGGUGCUGAAAACAAACGAGAAUGUUAUAAUGUGGCUGAACAAACAGCUGAAUGAGAACCAGUUAUCCAGGAAGCCGGAGAUCCUUGGAACGUUUGAGACUCCUUCAACUCUCUCAGCCUCAACUGGACAGAGGAUGGGCGGUGCAUCUCACAUGCUGGACAGCCGAGCGUUUCCCUCCUCGGCCGGACAGGGCUACCCCAUCACGUCCACGCUGAACUCCAAACUCCCUCUGUCCAGCCGCUCCGUCUUCUCACUACACAACCAGGGCCCUGGAGCCAAGGUCCAGUUUAACCCGAUGAGUACCAAGCCCGGCAUGUCUCCUGUGGAUGUGAGGGAUGGGAGCCCCACAGCACAGCAUCCCCCUCAGCCCUCCAACAAAGAGAAUGGCGAGCCUGCAGGGUUGGAGUCCAAGUACUUUGAGAAGCGAGACGACAGCAUUCCCCUCCGUGGUCUGUUGUCUGGCAUGCACCUCAACAAAGAUUCCAUGUCAUAAUACGUUGACAAAUUACAUUGAAACCAAAUUGAUUCAACUAAACCCAAUGUUCCAAGGCCACCACCAGCCAAGCCUGGCCUGCACCCUCUGUCGUCCGCUUACUUCCCUGGCUGAGAAGGAAUGGAGCCAAGAACUACUGUAAUGUCCACUCCACACCACUGAAUACCACUGUGACUAAGGAGAGUGAAUUGUUCGACCAACCACAGAUUCUCACAGUACCUCCGCCUAUGUUAAUGUUUUUAACCUGCUGUGUUUCCAAGUAUUUAUUAAAAAGACAACCAAUCAAUAGUAAUUAAGCCACUUGAUCGGUUUGCCAAAUAUUACAUUUGUUGGUUUGUUUAAAAAAUAACUUUGUCGUCACGUCUUACUCAUAAUUAUCAUUGACAUAAGUAAUGCUGUCAUCAUGUUGCUCUGGGUGUCUUCAUAACUUUUAAAGCUCAAUAGUACUCAAGUCCUGGUACGAAUGAUACGUUCUACCAAUGAGUGUUCCUCAAGAAAAGCUGCCGUCUGUUCUCAUGGUGCAACAAUUUGAUAAAAGAUAACCUUUCUCUGGUUAACAUGUACAUGCUAAUCGGAAGUCAUCACCAGCGUAUUGAUGAACAGAGCAUGAACCACAAAAUGAUUGCUACUGAAGUGUUUGCUGUGUAAAAACUGUACAUAUGGGUGUAUGAAACGAGUCAUUAAUGUGUGUGUAUAUCUGUAGAUUAAAGUUGUUUUCAGAAUC